AACUCAGGUAAGCCAACGGGCGUACACCGGCGUGCACAUUCCCAAAGCCAAAAAUGUCUGUGACUGUGCCGAGAACCUACCGAGAACACAUGUACAACUCAAACUUGAACAAUCCUAGCCCUUGGUCUCACCCGUAGCCAUGCCAUAGCCCGAAAUUGAUCUUUCCUACGAAUGCACCACUGGAGUCGAUCUAAUGACAUAUGCCACUCCAACAGAAAUGACGUAUGUCAGGCUACUCAAGGCCUCCUCUACUUGCCCGUAAUUCAAAGAAUAUCCUUCAAAUGGCCACCACUGUUUCACCCACCUCGGAUGUCAUCUUGUAUUUUGUUGCGCUGGUCCUCCCACCAGUAGCCGUAUUUUUCAAACGUGGAUGUACUGCAGACUUUUGGAUUAAUAUCUGUCUUACGAUCUUGGGUUGGAUACCUGGAGUUUUGCAUGCAUGGUGGAUCAUUUCUCGGAGCGAGAGAGUGAUGUAAUAACGUCUUGAAGUCAUCUAACAUAUGUAAGUACGAAACGUUUGAUCCCGCGGAACCAAUUCGCGUGACUCUCCUGUCUGUGCUCCACCUGAGCUCCACAUGUUGUCCGUUUUGCUUGAGCGCUCGCUAUCGCUGUGCGCUCGGCAGUCUCCUAUUUGCGUGGG